AUGGCCGAUGGCGAAAAUAGUACAGCGGGAAAUGACGAAGAGCCAUACCCUCACCACACACUAUCAGGUGACGGACAGACGGAUGGUGUAGCUGCGACAGACAACGAGAAUCUUGGGCUUUCAAAUCACAAAGGAAAAGGCAAAGAUGCUAGUUCGAUGGUUGACAGGUUCCAGUCAUCCGGUAGAACUUUGUUCAAUAGCGCAAUGGCUAGCCAGGAGUUGCCAAAUAUCAGUUCGAAUGCUAAGGGAGGAGGGGAAUCGAGUACAUCGGCACAAAUCACGACCCAUCAAUCGAUUUUUGGUAUCGAACAACAGCGGAAUGGACAUUCCUCCAACCCGGCUAAUCGCUCGUUCAAGUCGGAUCGUAGUUCACACGGGAUGACUGAUGCGUUUGAGACAUUUGCAGCCGGGGAGAGUCCAAAAGCUGAUAUGAACGCGGCCAACACGUUAGACACACAAUCUACGGGCAGAUCUAUAACGCAGCAGGAAGCCUUGGAUGGUUCUGACGUGGUGGAGCUCCUUUUGCAGCCCGAUAUAGCAAACUCGUUCCCCGUCGACGAAUCGGAGGAGUUAACACCAUUGGAGGCAGCAAGACUUCAGGAUGCCUUAUUUGGAUCCGGGAGUGCCUGGCCAUUCUGGGACCGACUUCUCAACUUCAAUCCAGACUUUGUGACAGGGCUGGAAGAAUCCGGGAGGAGCGUGGAAAUCAUGGGUACGACGGACGCAGGUCUUGCGCGAAGCACCUGGCUUAAGCAGUGGAAUGACGUUCUGACAUCCUAUACUGAUGAGGUAUGGGGCGACCUCGAACCGCUUGCCAUGCAGGCCAAAGAAGAGUUGGAGAAAGCCACCUACACUGAUGAACUGCCAGAUUCAAGUACGGCAGCGUUAGAUCGUUUAAGACUGAUACUCAAGCAUUUACGAGGUUGUUAA